AGGUACCUUGACUGAGAAGAAUGCGUUACCGAAUAUAUUUGGUUUUCAUUCGUUUUGAAAUGUGGACUUACAUGUUUUCGCUGAAAUUCUGUUCAUAGAAAAGAAAGAAAGAAGGGAAAAUAUUCGGUGGAUCAAAAGUAUGGAUUUGAGAUUGGAAAUAACAUGGAAAUCCGCGAUCAGUUUCUCGACCCCUCUUGGUCGUCUCGAGCAUGCGUGAUUUGCUGUUGCGAAUACACAAAUGCCCAUUCACUAUUCUAUCGAUGUAUUUAUUCGUCGAUUAGCUGCCGCUACGUUUCGGAUACAUUAUGGCAGCGAAACAUUUGCUUUUCACCGCGCUUUUUUAUUUUAUAACAUCAAGUACAUUUGUUCAGUCGGAGAUAUUCACGGCGCUGUCUCAUGUGGAGCGGUUGGUAAAUAUAGAGAUGGAACUCACUGACACGCUAGAAGAAUAUCUCAUCGAACAAGAAUCACGGCUGAACAAAUUGCGAUCUUUCUUCCAAGAUCUGAAGUUGGCGAUGGAUCAAGCGAAGCACAAUAGAGAGGCUUACAUCGGACAUCCAAUGAAUACGUAUUUAAUGAUCAAACGGCUCGUGAAUGAGUGGAGGCCACACGUAAAGGCGAUUCAAGAGGAGGGAGACGCUGAAGGUUUACUCAUAGACAAGUUGGAAGGCUAUCGCGAACACUUUCCUGGACAAGAUGAUUUGGAGGGCGCCAUGGCCGCUAUUAAACGUCUGCAAGAUGUCUACAACCUUAAAGCACAAGACUUUACCAGAGGUAAAUACGGUUUAGCGACUGAAUCAGGCUCGAUGAUAACUGCCAUGGACGCAUUUAAAAUUGGUCGCGGAGCAUUUUUGUCGGAAGAUAUGGAAAACACUCGGCAGUGGAUGGGUGAAUCGUUACAAAUAUUGGACCUGGAACCUAAUAACUCGAAAGAAAAACCAAGUCGAUUCUCCGUGCUGGAUCAUCUGGCCUGGUCCUCUUAUAAGCUUGGGGAUGUGAGAAGUGCGAUAAAUUACACCAUAGAGGCUCUUAAAGUCGUGCCCAAUCACGAGCGAUCAACGAUAAAUCUUGGCACUUUUAAAGAAUAUCAAAAGCUCAAAAGCGGAGACCAAUCUCAGAAACCUCAAGAACAGGAACGGAAAUUCAGUUAUCUGGCCAGGAAGAUUCCUCAGUCGACACUGAAGAACUUUGACUGGUUUGAGGAAAGACGUAUUUUCAAGAAAUUGUGUCGAGGAGAUCCAAUGCCACGUGCCCCUCAAAGCCCGGAGAGACUCAGAUGCUAUUACAAGACAGGACAUCCACUCUGCACUAUCAAAAGGUGUCCUAUCGAGGUUGUCUUCACCAACCCAGACAUCAUGAUUUUUCAUCAGAUCAUGAGCAAUGCUGAAAUAGAUAAAGUCAUAACAAUAUCAAAACCUUUGUUAAACAGGGCGACUGUUCAUAAUCCAAUAACGGGGAAAUUAGAGUAUGCUCAUUACAGGAUAAGCAAAAAUUGCUGGUUAAACGGAAAACACGAUCCGCUUAUCGACCGCGUCAACCGACGGAUGACAGCGUUGACUGGACUCAACUUACAAACAGCCGAGGAUUUCCAGGUGCAAAAUUAUGGAUUAGCAGGGCAUUACGACCCCCACUUUGACUUCUCAAGGGAUCUUAAAAAUUCCACAUUGGGUCAACUUGGGACAGGAAACAGGAUAGCAACAGUUCUUCUUUAUAUGAGCGACGUGGAGGCUGGAGGGGCAACUGUUUUCCCCUAUGUUGGAGCCAGGGUUAUGCCCAGCAAGGGUGACGCGGUAUUUUGGCACAAUUUAUUGCAAUCAGGCGAGGGAGAUUUUCGAACACGUCACGCCGGCUGCCCGGUCUUAAAAGGCUGGAAAUGGGUAUCAAACAAAUGGAUCCACGAAGCUGGAAAUGAAUUCAACAGACCUUGCGCUAAAUCACCGCACUUGUGAAAGCUUUUUCGAGGUUAUCCGUGGACAUGAACUUCAAUUCCUUUUAAAUUUCAAAAGUUUUUUGGAUACUAACUUCUGCUGGCCAGGAUUAAAGGAAGCAAAUCUAAGGAAAAACUGUGCUUGAUGAAAUUGGAAUAAUAUUCCUUAUUUUGCUGACGUUGAGGCUAUGUAAAUCUUUUUGACUUUUGGAUUGCUUUUUAUGGCGAGGCGUAAAGUAUUGGACUAGUUCGAGGAAAUUUUUUUACUUAAAAAUAAUAAUACUGAAAAAAAUGGGUUUCUCAAUUGUUUCCUGAGAAUAUGCAAUUUAGAUGCAAGACAUUACUACCUUGCUCAAUGAAAAGAAAAUGCUCAAUGUAACUUUUGUUGGUUGGUACUUUAACCCAGGUUCUAGUGUAUUUGGGCAGAAGUGAACUGGGAACGAGAGUGCAGCCUCAGUGCAAACUUAACUUACACAGCAACAGCGUAAAUUUUGGAAUUAAAGAUGAAAAUAUAUAUAUAGUCUA